GGUUUAUUUCAGUAUCUUCGUAAUGUGCUGUAUCGAUAUAUGAGCGAACGAGAGAUGCUUGGAAAGGAGAGCAUUACAUUGGCACGCGUGAUUGGUACGGUGGCGAAGUUCACCAAGGAGCAGUUGAAUGUGGUGUUGUCGAAAGAAGAGGAACGAAACCAUUCGUGGUACGGAGGUACGAUAAACACCUUAGUGGGAUCUGCCUUAUCUGGUGCUCGAUAA